UAGGGGAAAAAACAAUCACGUUGUUGAACUGAAACAACACAGUUGAAAGCCUUUCAUAAAGGCGCUGUGCCAGUUUCAACAUCUGUGCUCAACAGGUUGGCUUUAGUUAGGUAAAGAACAGAUCCUCUUUUUGAUCUAAAUCUUUAAUAAUUGAUCUGAAAACAUUUUCAUAGGUAAAUGGAACUGCAGUAUUUCCACGGAACUAUAACUAAAGACGACUGUGAAAAAUUACUGAGCAAAACAGGAAAAAAUGGGAGCUUUUUAAUACGAAACAGUGAGAGUAUUCCAGGAGUCUUGUGCCUUUGUGUUUUGUAAGUAUUUCCCUUUUCAUUUAAACUAGUUAUCUUGCGUUUCUUUUGGAGAGAAUAGCUUCAGUUCAGAGAAACCUAACUACACUUCAGUUAUGAAAGUUAACCAUGUCUAACUUAAGCCAACAUGAUAUUACGUACACCAGAAGUUUAUUUCAUUAAGUGGUUUAUAGAUUUUUGUAAAUAAAAGAUAUUGAUAUCAAUGGGGCUUACACACAACUUUCUAUGUAUUGAGUCCAAUCUUUAUUAUGUUUGGAAUUUUUGAGAGAUAACAGCCCCCUGAUUUUAAGAAAUCAAAGAAGUUCCUCUAGGCAUAUAUAAAUGUAAUCCCAGGGCGCAUGAAAACGAUUCUGCUUUUGAUUGUAAGUUGAAUUUAGAGUCUGGCUCAAAUCAAAGUACUUCUUUUGCUGUAAAAUGUACAUAUACAGUAAAAUAUAUAUUGGCACAAUUUUUGUCAGAAAUCUAUUUUAAAUUCUUCAAAUUAUUGAAGCCAUAACUCUAAAUAUUUGGUAAAUCAAUUGUCUCUUUACAUAUUCAUAGUAAACGGUACUUAUAACCCAUCCACACGCACAAUGUUCACAAAAAAAUCUUAAAAUUAGCAAGUUUUUCAACUAGUAAGCUACAGAUUUCAUCUCUCACCCAUAUAUUGGUAUGUUAUUCUCCACCAUCCCUUCUCCAGUGUUUUUGUGGUGUAGGAGCAGAGUCUUUUUAGAUGUGCAGGUUUACAUCCAGAGGAGUGAUCUACAUAAUAAAACCAGUUAUCACAUAUGAAUGAUGGCAAGUGUAGUUAAUAUUGAUCUCAAUGGACUGUUGAUCUCAAUCAGUACAAGAAACCUCAUCGUCGUAAAUAUUACUGGAAAUCAAGUUAUAUUUAUAGUUUCUGCUGUAUCGAACUUACAUCAUUUCCCAAACAUGAUUACCCUGAUUUGUUAGUUGUUGUUUCUAAGUUGUAGGAAAAUAUCAUUUGCUUGUCUCACACUGAAGACAUAUCUUAACGGCUUGCUGGACAAAACUAGGCAAAACUAGUGCUAUCUCUGAUCUCCUUAUCAGAAAGCCGGAAUUAUUGCUACCAACCCCAGAUACCAUCAGAAGAGAGUUCAUGUACACACUACUUAGAACACAUCUGUUUCUUUUGAAGUGCUAUACAAAUUUAAUUAUAGCAGUGAUUCCAUUCAGCUCAUAAGAGAUAAUCAGAAAUCUAGCAGCAUGAAUAACAGUCUUCCUCUAGCAUAAUGUGGUAGCUCACAUGACCAUUUCUCUCUGAAUGAACUGGAUAGGAUUUACAGACCUAAUGACUCUUUGACAUAUAUGACUAUUACAGCAAUUUGACAAAUAAGGCAAUUAUUUAUUAAUGUAUCUGUUUCCUAUUUAAAAAUCAGCUAUGAACAGAUUAUCUACACUUACCGAAUCUUCAGGAAACAUAAUGGACACUUUAUGAUGCAGGUAAGAAAACGACACAACAACAAACCUAUGGUUACAUGAAACAUACUCAAUAUGUACUUUUGAAUAAAUAAGGUAUACUAUUCAUUGUAUCAAAUUGUAGAUUUCAACAGAAGGCUUAAUAAAAAAAGCAGAAGACCCAGUGGAUCAGUUCAUUCUCUAGUCAGUUCACGCAUAAGAUCCCUACAUGUAAAAGUAUCUAUUCCACCUGUCUCUUCAAAGAGUCCAAUAAUCCACAUGAAGGGUUGUUACAGUUCCACAGAAUCCUUUCACAGAGUCUAAGACAAGGAUUUCCAGAAUAUUAGCCUUGUUUCGCCGUCCUAGGCUUCAUCAGUAGAACAGGCUCAUAUGUAAUAUUACAGGAUAGUGGAUCUUAUAGCAUAGUAGUGGUUGCAGUCUGACUAGAGAAUGAACUGAUCCACUGGGUCUUCUGCUUUUCUUGUUGAACUUUAUGAGACUUCCGUUGAAAUCUACAAUUUGAUACAAUGAAUAUUAUACCUUAUUUAUUCAAAAGUACAGCCGGUUACAUCUUGUGUGUUUAUUGGGUAAGAAAACGACUACAUCUAGAGUAAAAUAAUGUAAUAAAUAUGCACUUAACAGGUCCUACUAGACACAUAUGCCACCCUGCUUAACCUUUUUGUUUAUUUAACUACUUUUUUUAAAAAAAAUCUACGUCUCUGGAUGACCUUAUUUUGGGGUAUUCGUUCAUUCUAACAGUUGGUGGCCACCAUGACAACCUUAAUUUUCAGCGGGAUGGAACUCUGCCAAGAGCACAAUAUAUAUCAGUUUCAUAUUCACAGUAUCACAGAAUUGUAGAGUUGGAAGGGACCCCAAGAGCCAUCCAGUCCGAUCCCCUGCAAUGCAGGAAACUCAGCUAAGGCAUCCAUGUCAGAUGGCCAUCAAACCUCUGCUUAAAAACCUCCAAGGAAGGAGAGUACUAUUCUAGUUAUCCAUUUCAGUGAAAUUAAUUAAUCUUCGCUCUUGUGAGGAACAGCAGUUUACAAAUAGUAUAAUCAAAUGAAAAUGUGGCAACAAUCUACUUCUUUUGCAGACUUCUGAGGGUGCUCCAAAACAGGACUUCAGAACUUUAAAGGAUUUAAUUGCUACUUAUGAGAAACCAAAUCAAGGGCUAGUAAGCAACCUGCGCUAUCCAGUAAAUAGACCUACAACAUCCCAAAGAUCUCAGACUGUCUACGUCACUAAAGGUGAAGCAUAUUUGAUUCCUGGUAAGAGACACACAUAAUAAUAAUCAGAAAAGAAUGACAUACUACUAAUACUAUGCCGUAUAACAAUUAUUGUAAUGCAGGAAAAUUAUGGGUAUAUAUGUUUUUUCCAAAUUAACAAAACUAGUGAAACAACAUGAGAUGAAAGCCAAUUAAGUUUCACUCACAGUGGACCCAAUGAAAUCAAGACUUUAAAGACCAUUGAUUGUAAUGGGUCUAUUCUGGGUAUGGCUAACAUUGAAUAUUACCCAUGAUCUGUAAUGGGAAAGGUCAAUAAACUCUGCAGUAGAGGAUUGAUUAUAAAUAAAAUAAUAGAGUUGGAAGGGACCCAAGGGUCAUCUAGUCCAACCCCCUGCGACGCAGGAAUCAUAGCUAAAGCAUCCAUGACAGAUGACCAUCCAACCUCUGCUUAAAAAUCUCCAAGGAAGGAGAGCCCACAACCUCCCGAAGGAGACUGUUCCACUCUUAAACAGCUUGAACAGCCCUUACUAUCAGAAUGCUGUCUUUUAAAAAAUGAUAAAGAAAGCCUGGUGUGGGAUGGUAGUUUAAGAGUGCACAGCUAGCACUCUGGAGACCUAAACCUAAACACCAAUCUCCUCUCAGCCACAAUGUACCCAUGACUUGGAACAUUGGGGUAAGGGGACCAUGUAUCUGCUUUGAGUUUUGAGGAGGCAUAGCUGGGUUAAAAUAUAAUAGAUAUGGUUUUUUAAAAAAUCAGAGAAAAUAAUAAUAUAUAAAAUAGUAAUAUAAGAAAACAUGUACAGUGGUACCUCGGAUUACAGACGCUUCAGGUUACAGACUCCGCUAAUCCAGAAAUAGUACCUUGGGUUAAGAACUUUGCUUCAGGAUGAGAACAGAAAUCGUGCGGUGGCAGCAGGAGGCCCCAUUAGCUAAAGUGGUGCUUCAGGUUAAGAAUAGUUUCAGGUUAAGAACAGACCUCUGGAACGAAUUAAGUUCUUAACCAGAUACCACUGUAUUAACAGAUAUGCCCUUCAUGAAUUUCCAAGGAACUUGACAUUAAAAGCAUAGAAUAGUUUAGGAGGUUCUGAAAGCAGAGCUGUGACAAUUAAGCAAUUAAACCUUCUGAGUAAAAAGGGAAGUUUCAAUCAAGCAGCAGAUUCUAAUUGAUACUCACUAAAACGAAGGCUAGCAGGUACCAUCUUAGAACAGACAAUAUCCUUUAUCUCACACAUAGGAGAUAAUGGCUAUCCUUAAAAUGUGAGUACAGAAUUUAAAAACACAUAGGCUUUUUCUCAUAAUUCAUAUUCAAAAUUAUGCAUGUUUGCUCAAUGUCAAUGGUCAAUUUAAUUCAGUUAGAGAUAUAAAAUAGAACAUGGUAAGAAAGUCCCAUUUGAAGUAGUCAGCAGCUUUAAAGGUGUUAUAUGAUGACAUAUCAGAGGAAUUAUUUCAAAUCUCUAUAUAAAAAGUAGUAUCAAUCAAUCACAUAUACAAAAGUUUACUCUAAUAAAAAUCACAAAACUGACAGUUUCAGAGCCUAAAGAACUAGAUUAAUUAGUUACCAUAGAGGAAAUAAAAAGGUUGCAACAACAGUGAGGCACCAUAAAAUUCCUGGAUCUGAUUAUUAUACUUAAAUUCCACCUUCUCUCCAAGGAGUUCAAGGGGGUGUACAUUGUUCUCCCUCUCCCCAUUUUCACUUCACAACAUGAUUUAGGUUAGACUAAGAGACAGCAACUGGUCCAAGGUUACCCAAUGAGCUCAGUGUCUGAGUGGAGACUAAAAUCUUGGUUUCCCAGGGCUUAGUCCAAUACUCUAAUCAUUAUACUGCACUGCUCUCAGCUUAACUGGUCUAAUCAGCUAUUCCAAAGUCUUUGAAGAUUUUGACUGAGGCAUUAAGAGGUACUGUAAAUGAAACCUUAAAAAAAAAAAAAGAACUUUUGGAUAGAAGUUUAUAUAGCCUACAUUUAAGCAAGGUAAGAAUUUGUCUCUAAAUUACUUCUUACAGAAAAAUAUCACUCUUAAAUAAUUAUUAUAAAAUAUUUAGAACAAUUAGCUUUAUAUGUAAGAGGAUACAGAUAAUGUAGGGGAAAUAAUAUUUAUGGAAUCACAGACAUGUUUACUCUUAAUUAGGACUCAUUAAGUUCAGCUGGAAUUCCAUCCCCCACCCCCGAUUUGAAUGUGUAUUGGAUUUUAGCCACAUUUUAUACACAGUUUAUACACAUUUACUUAGAAGUAAUUCUCAUUGUGCUCAAUGAGACUUCCAGGUAAGUUUGAACAGGACUGCAGUUCAAGGGAAUCCCGCUAAAGAAGACUCUUGCUCUUUUUAGACACUGAAAAAAGCAUUUGAUAAUGUUGAGUGCCCUUUUCUAUUUCAAGUUUUGGAGUUUCGUUAUGAUUCAAUAUUUAGAACUGGAUAGCUUUAACCAAUCCCAAAGCAAAAGUAACAACAAAUGAGCAUAUAUAAUCCAAUCUUACUCUAUCAAGAGAUACCCAACAGGGAUGUAUUCUACCUGGUCUUUUCUUUGUGGGUAUUCCUACUAAUAAAGCAAUGAAAAUUGAUUUACACAUUAUGUUAUGUUCAUUCCUUUUCACAUAUGGAUUUGAAAAAUAUGCAUUAGGUAAGGAAGAUGAAAUUUUAAAUAAUGAAUAAAGGUAAUAAAUGGUUUGUUCUUCUAUUUGCAAAUGCUGCAGAAUGAAUGCAAAAUGGGAUAGGUCAAGGAAUUUGUGAUUCAAGUCAUUGGAGCUACUGAAAUGUCAGUUUGAGAAUAUAUGUGAAGUGGAAUAAAAUACAGCAUGAUCAGACUUCCACUUGUGCACUUCUUCAAUCUGCAGCCCCUAUAAUCUGCUCCCCCAUAAUCUACUCUCCCAACCCUCUGGAGCUUAUUUAGAGGCAUUUAAAAGAGGAAAAUUCCACUGUGCAAGUCUCUUCCACUAGCAUAUGACCAGCACUGGAUACAGGUUUUAAUUUUUGUUUUAAAAUUAUAGCAGCACAGCUGUAUAUUAAAUUUGUAAAGAUUCAUAGAAUACAUAAUGCUUAUGGCCCAAUACUAAAAUGCACGUAGGCUGCACGAAAAGAGCUUUGGAUCAUGCUUCUUUCAUUCAUUUACCAUCUUCCUACUAUAAAAUAAUUUUUAGAAAUUGUUUCCAAAACCCACCACAAUGAAGCAAUAAAUAGCAAGGAAUUCAGUAUCAGUUGUACAAAUGAUUCUAUCUACUUUCGAGCCGCUAUGUUUUAAUGACUGUAGUAACCAGAAAGGUAUAUGUUUGUUCAGGAACUAUAACAUUUUCAAAAUGGAAAGCCUGUUUUAAAUAGUUAAUCUAUAAAUAAAAUGUUUGACCCGGAGGUGUUGGACUCUACCCUUCAGAACUUUGAAAAUGGAAUCAGAAGCCAUAUGUACAUUCACCAGAGUAAACAUUCACCCAGGACGGUUGUAGAAUCACUAGAGCAACAGGUGAUUGAAGGAAGAGGAAGAAAUUGGAAUUGUUUCAAUCCCUUCUUUAAGUGAAAGAGUCAACUUCUUUGUAGUGUGCUGGGUGCAUCAUAUUAACAUUGUCCAUCAUGACUUUUCUCUAUUCCCAUUACAUAAGCAAUGAAUUAGAAUAUUUUACAAUUUGAGUGAUACUUUUGCUUUAAUUAGGAACGAAGCUUUAUCACUGGCAGGGAAAGAUAUCUCAUGCUACCUUUGCCUGCCUUGUAAUUUAUUGAAUAUUUUUACUAAUAUAUUUGCCAAGUGGAGGGAGUAAAUGCUGUGAAUGUUUGAACAAUUCCCCAUUUGGUCCAAGUUUAGAUCACAAAUGCCCAGUGUAGAUAUUUGCAUUACUUCCAAUUCAAAGGACCAAAAUUGAAUUAAAAAAUGAUGCAACAGUUGAACAGUCUAAAUAAGAUGUUGUUAAGACUCUAACUCCUAUUAGCCCCCCCACCAGUGCAACUAAUGGGGAUAUGUAAACUAUGGUCCAGUAAAAUCUGUAAGGUCAAGAGGUUAACCACCCUUGGUCUAAAUGGAAAUAUUUCCUGACUUGGUUUGGAUCUAAUAAACUACAAGUGUUAUUCUGCUUGAGCAACUGGGCUUUAUUUCCACCUUUCCCAUUGCAGCUUUGUGGAAGGAAUGAGCCCAAAUUGGGCAAAAUUAUUAUGUGCUCGCAGAAGCACAUAUUAUGCUGAAACUUUGUGAGCAAAAGCCUCGCCUCGAUGGACCCUUCUCAGGAAAAGAGGAAUUAGAAGGGAGCAACUUGCAACUGGGAUAAAUAAGCGUCACAGUACUCAGUAAUCAAAUGACUUGCUUUUUUUUCCUCCCCAGAAAAUGAAGAUGCUGAGGAUUAUCUUGAAGUCUUACCUGAGUGAUUGGCUGAGGGACCAUUUCUCAUGACUUGCUUCAUCUCUCAACACAGACACUAGUCUUGAGUGGGUCACACUCUUGCUAACUGGAUAGUCCAUUUGACUGGAUUUUGUUUUCAUUUGUGCUCUAGAUAGUACUGCCCACAUGGUUAUCUCUUGCUUGCUUGCUUGCUUGGCUCUUGCUCCAGCAAAAAACCCAACACUCUUCCUUUUCCUUCCUGUAUUCGUGGUACCUAUACCUGCCCACUUAAGUGACCACUUCAUAGACCUGAUGAAAUGGAAACUGGGCUGCAAAAGCUUAUGCCACUAUAAAAGCUGCAGUGCUUAAGGUGUUUCCAUUUUAAGAGAAGCAAGUUUAAUAGCAUCCCAUACAUCAGGCAUGGCCAAACUUGGCCCUCCAGAUGUUUUGGGACUACAACUCCAAUCAACCAUGUAGGGCCAAGUUUGACCAUGCCUCCCCUACAUGGACUCAAGUUUAAACUUGCUACAUCAAUUAUGAAGUGGACUGUAGACCAGAAAAGCUUAUUCUGUAACAAUUUUUAGUUUUUAAUCUUUAGUUGUUUUCUUCAUUCAACUUUGUGAAUAGUCAUGAACACAAGUGUUGGUUGCUUUUAUUUUUUAAAUUUUCACUUAUUUAUUUUGGCAAUUUGCAACUAGCAUCAGUAGCAGCAUGUUGAACAGAGUAAUGCUAAACAUAUUUACUUGCAAUUAAAUACUACUGAAAUAAUUGGGGAUUAAGUUUGAUAUACACCAUAGAGCUCUGCAAGAGUUACUGCUGAUAUCCAUAACAAUAUAUCAAAUACUAAACGAUAAUUUGCUUCAACUGUAUCAUGUUAUCCUGGCGAAGUAAGUCACAGCAAUUUUAUAAUUAUAUUGUUAAGGAUCUUUAAAUUUUCAAAGACAGUACUAUAAAGUUGUCACUGUGCAUAGUUCAAUUAUUUUUAAAUGUCUCGCUGUAGUCUCUAGCCAGGUCAGAGGCCACUCUAGUUCCCAAAGGACUUCAAGCUAUACCCCGGAAAUGCCAAAACUACUCCCCAGAAGUAUAACCAGUUUUACAGCAAUACACAUGUACAUUUGGGUGCAAGUGUUUGCAGGUAGCUACUGUAGAACCUGAUCUAAAAGCAUAGCACACUCUGGGAACUAUUUUUGAAAGCCCCCCCCCCACCUUCAGCCCCCCCCUUUACUUAUAUGUGGUAAAGAAAAAAAGUUUGUAGAAGCUAGUGCUUUAAAGGCGCAUUUUCAUCCUGGAAUAAACAUAGUGCAGUUUGCAGUCUCAUUAAUUUAAUCACUUAAUUGACUAGUUUGGGCCUAAUGGAGGUCAGUGCAUUUAGAAAACCCCAGUACUGUAAAUAGGACUUUUCCCUUCUAUAGAUAGUAAGGCUCUGUCUCUCCUUCAGAAUAGCUUUAAGUUCCCAAUACCCCUAUUCUAGUGAAAAGGAAAGCAGUUUAUAUGUAGCCAGUCUAUACGUAGCCAAGAUUGUAAAUAUUACAUGAAGAUUUUAACAUGCAACCUGUGGUCAUAUUAAAUUCAUAAUUGUUUUAAGUUGGUAAAACAUAAAUAAAACUACUCUAUACACCAAUUUAAGGUACCAUAUUAGGACGCUCACUAUCUGAAGCUGCCAGAUGUCCAAAUCCAUUGUUUGCUCAUACAUUACAACUAUACGGUGCUGUGAUUCACUUGCACACAACAGCUUUUCUCCUAUUUUUUCAGCUUGUAGGACCCCUGUACCACUUUACCUGUAUCAUAAGAUGGCAAGAAAUAAAGCCCCAUUGCACUAAUGCACAAUGCCUGAACAUACAUCUCUCAAGUGUCACCAACUCUGAUGUUGUUUUAAUACCAGGCAAACCGUUAUAUUUUCCCAGGAUUUUUAAUAUGACCUGUUUUAUCUCUACUUUUAUGCUGCUCUCUUUUAAGUUGUGUUGUUCUGAUUAUUAUUAUUAUAUUUUAAACUUAAUUUUACUGGAAUUUUAAUUCUUAAGUCAUAAUUGUACUUAUCAUACCUGUAUAUCAGGCUUACUUCCAACACACAGUUUUUGACUGCAAAACUCCUUGUUCAAUUUACUCAACACUUUUGUACACGUUACAAUGUCAGAAGUGGGUGGAAAAUAUGUUAGCACCUAGCUUACACAGGAUUUAGCACUUUCAUAGUGGCUGGUUGUUUUAGCGUAUCAAUACCCCUUUAAAGUUAUCUGUGCC